UCAAGGCACGGAGGAGAUAUCGCCCCGGGACACUCUUCAAUUGACAAGUCGUUGGAACAAAUCAUCGUAGCAGAGUCGAACGCCUUGCCGUCGCCCAAUCCGGCAUCUUCCCGUCUCUCUCUGUGACCACCUAGGUUUACUGCCGGCUUUGAUCCUCCCUGACUCCAGAGCCCAAAGGCCUCGGCCCGUCUAAUGGCAGCACAAAGCUCGGAACCAGACCGAUUGUCCCGCUCGUUGUCUGUUACUUUGACGCCGACAAAGAUGGACCCCCAUCUCGUUCGGAGGCAGUCGCGCGGCCGCAAGAGGUCCCACGUCCUCCCCCCCCCCCAUCCUCGCCCUUCGUCGAGAUCUAUAACAAGUACCACUGCGGCCCGGGCCACUUCUCGAAGCGCAAACAGCUCGGCCUCUUCUUCAAGCCUCCUUGUAUAUCAAUACAUCCAUAUGAAGACUCGGGAUCGUUUGAUUGUACAUACACCGCGAGCAGUGCUGCACCUCCCAUCUCGGGUCAUGCCAAACAACAUCGCGCUCAUUGUCUACCUCAUACAUGAAGUCCCAAGCAGUCUUGACACCGCUCGGGCCCUCAACCUCGACAUCAUCUUUAUCAGCGAAUGCCAAGCGAAACCCGUCACCGUAAAACACGUCCUCCGUGGACUUGCCGGGUUUCGUCUUCGCACCGUAUUGGAUGAGGUAAAUAUAGUAACGUUCAUCUUCAUCGCAUCUGAUCGCGUCAUCAAGGCUUCUCAAAAAGGCCCCUCGUGGGCCUUCUUCAUGUAUCAUGUCCAACAGGAAGGCGUGUUCCCAAUGCCUUCCAUGGCGGAAAACACCAGAGGGUUUCAUACUGAUGUCAUCACAUGAACAUCAGAAAGGGCGUGGGAGAAGGAAGGGGGAAAGGAACACUAGUUGAGCUGAAGGACGAUAGAAGACUGCGCUGCGAGGUUCCUACCUUUGAUGAACUCUCAUCAGACCAUGCAUGUUGCGGGCCCCGCGAGGGAGUUGCUGGAAUUCCCACCAUCCUGCAGAGGUUGGCCGAGGACGAGCUAGGUGGAAGGCAUCAAGGUGGCCAAAGCUGAAGCGUAUUUUUGGGAAGCACGGUAGACAAAGAAUUUGGUUCUAUGCUUCUCAAGCCUCUUGCCUGGGGGCAAUGGCGAUAGCAAUGCUCGACCAAGAUAGUG